AUGGCGCCGGUGGUUCACCACCGGUUGCUCAUCCCCGGGAGCAACGAACCGAGCAGCCAGACCGUGUGCGCCAAACAGCAGCACGUUUGGCGACUAACAGAGCACCAGCCGAGGUGCUGCCCGCCGAGGCCCGAGCACGCGAGGAAGCGCGAGACGGGGCGGCGUGUGGGCCGCCCGGCGAGCAAAACGACUGGCGCCGCGAGCGUCGCGUGCGUCAAGGAACUCGCAGUCGAGAAUGUCGAGAAUGUCGAGAAUGUCGAGAAUGUCGAGACUGCAAAGACGCCGCCGCAAAUGCCGCCGGACCUGCAUCCGGAAGAGCCAGGAUUCCGGCUGCCGCCGAUGCUCCAUCCCCCGCAACGAGCGUGCGAUGCUGCAGCACGGGUAGGCGCAGCAACCUCGACCCGGGUGUUGCUCGAGUCCGCAAACGCCCACGGGGCGAAUGCGAUUGCCUGGUCCUAUCGCCAAACGGCUCUGCUCCUCCUCUUGUCUGGCAGCAAUCGCAAGCUGCGGCACACAGGCCGCGUUGGCGCAGAGGAGGCGGCAAGCCUCAACGCGCCUACCCGUGGCAUCCCGCCGGAUCGGGCCAAGACUAAGGCUGCAGGCGUCGGCCCCGGCUGCUGCGAGGGCGCGCCCUCCCGUUGA